AGUAAUAUUUGAUAAUUCGAAAGAGAUCGCGGAUAAUUGAUUUUGUCAAUUUAAAUGUACGAGAUAAGGAAUAUCAUGAAUGAUUAAUAGUCUUAACGUAGACGACGAAAAUAAUUAAGAAAAUUUAUCGAAUUGGAUGCAAGAAUCGAUAAUUAUUUUGUCUAUUUCAAUGUCCUCAUGUAAAACUUUAUUUGGCAUAACCGCGAGAAUAAUAAGACCACUUCGGUUUCAGUUCGUGUCGUCAUGUGACAAUCAUAAAAUCACGAUGAUAACCAUGAACGAUCGUAGUUUCGUCAUAACGACAAUACGUUGUCCGUCGGAUAGAAACCUAACCGUUGACCCUGAAAAAACUCAUCGGAAAAUUUAGUUAAAAGACCCUAUAUAUGAAUCUUCAAUGUUUUCGACGAAUGUCAACGCUUACUUAUUGUUAGUUUAAAGUGAUAAUUUUCAAUAAACUUAUCACCGUUAAAGUGAUAAUUCAAAAACCAACUGAGUGAGAGAAAUGUGUCGGAAGAGUAUUCGAGGAAGAAAUUGUGUGUCCCUUAUCUUUUAAGAUAACAAAGGUUCCCCGUCAUUUGACGGCCGACAUUUGAAGAUUACAAAGUGCUAUGACGAGAAACAAAUGUGUUACGAGUCAUGGUCAACGGUCAAAUAAUUAAAUAAAUAUUCGUAUCGUGUCGGUGUGUCGCGUAAAUAGUACUUACAAGGAAAACGAUUAUUUUUCAAGGAAAAGAAAAAAAAAACAAAACAAAAUAAAAAUAAAGAAAAAAAGAACAAAAGGAAAAAAAACCGAAAACCAAAAUUUUUAUCAUCGUUUGAAUUACACCUCUCGGUUGCAGCUACGCGAUCGUUAAAUUUCAAUUUAAAAACAAAAGAACAACGUAUAGUAAUAAAAAUAUCUAAAAUAAUCACGAAUUAAACUUGUAACGUUUAAAUCAACGAUGACAAUGAUGAAAGCCUUAUCGAAAGUGGAUGUGGUUUAUGAAAGAUAGUAUUGUUGUGUUAUAUAUUUUUGUUGUUAUUAAUGUUAAUGUUGUUCGUUUAAAAAGAAUCUCUCUAGUGAAAGAAAAAAAAGGAUAAAUUAGAGAAAAAUUUCAAAAAAAGAACAACGACAGUUUCACGUGUAUUAUCUACGAUCUGAUCAAUCGAAACUUGGCUAUGAACUAACUUGAAGAAGAACGAAAGAGCAAGUGUAAAAAAUUGAGGGAGGUGGUGAAGAAGGUGGAGGAGGAGGAGAAAAAGGAAGAAGGGUGGGAGAAAUAAGAGAAAGAACAAAGCUUAUCUUAUUACGUAUACUCUCUCUCUCUUUUUUAUAUACAAACAUAUAUACAAACACGUAUAUGUACACGAAUAUAUGUCCAUAUGAAAAUAAGGAAAUGUGAGAAUAUAGAGUGGGAUCAAGAAGAAAGAAAGAAGGAAACAUAUAUAAUAUAUGUAAUAUAUAUAUAUUUAAAAAAAAAUUUAUCGAAGUAGGUGGGAGCAUACAAGGAGAACACAAACACGUCCGGAAAAUACUUGAUCGAUCAGUCUUCCUCCAACGUUCUUCUGGGAUCCGUUGGAACGUCGGCUUUUUCGAUCAUCAUCGAAAAGGAUCCCACACAACCAACACAUUCGCAGUCUCCCUAAUCCUUUAAAAACAUGAUUCCACUACGGAGUUUUGUAUUUCUUAACGGAUUCUUCUUUGUCUUAUUGACAGCAAGAACAGUAGUGAGUCGUGUCGUCGAUAAGGAUAACUUGGAGGGGGUAGUUGAAACUCAGGAUGGUUCGAAUCUUUCCAAAGUACCUUUCAAACUUGAGGAGACUUACACUUCCGAUUUUCUAUCACGUACCUUCAACGGUACUUGGACAUCGGAUACCACGAUACUUUAUAUGUCCGAAACGAUAGGAGAAAUUCUUCAAUUUGACGUUGUGAAGCAACAAUCGAGUGUGAUCAUCGAUGUAUCAAUUUUUGACGAUUAUUUAGUAGAAAGUUAUUUAUUAUCACCGACCGGACGAUUUCUUCUUAUCGGAUACGAUGUUCAAAAAGGAUUCAGAUAUUCGACGUUCAUGAGAUAUGUUAUUUAUGAUACUGAACUUGGACAAUAUGAUAAAAUUGGCGAUGGUAUGCAUAUCGCCCUUGUCAAAUGGGCACCACUAACAGACGAUUUGAUAUAUAUCCUCGACAACGAUAUUUAUUAUAAACGUUUCUCUAACAACGGUUUUAAUGAUGUACAAAGAGUGACGGACGAUGGCAUUGCCGGAAUCAUUUAUAAUGGCGUGGCUGAUUGGGUUUACGAAGAGGAAGUGUUACAUGGAUCAUCCGCCAUUUGGUUUUCUCCAGAUGGUAAUAGGUUAGCAUACGCAACAUUCGAUGACAGAAAAGUCCAUGAAAUCUUGUAUCUUCAUUACGGAGAACCCGGCAGCCUCGGGGACCAAUAUCCCACGGAAGUGAAGAUUAAGUACCCCAAGGCUGGCACAUCGAAUCCUGUGGUAUCUUUGACGCUCGUCGAUCUUCACGAUCCUACGUUAAAUAAGAUAGAUUUGGAGGCCCCCAUAGAUAUAGUCGGCACAGACAACGUACUGACCAACGUUCAAUGGAAAGAUUUUAAUAAUGUCAUUGUUACGUGGUCGAAUCGUGUACAAAAUGAGACUGAAAUUGUUUGGUACAACAUGUACGGCGAAACUGUUAAAACGUUUCACAUUGCAGAAUCGGAGGGAUGGGUAGAUAUUAAAAAUUUAUUCUUCUACAAUGAUUCCGUUUACAUGCGUAAACUACAACAAUCUGGAACGAAAGCUGGAAGAUUUAAUCAUGUGACAAGAUACGAGGAAGUUGGAUCAACGCUGAUUCAAAAGGACCUAACUCCGGGUGCAAUAGAGGUUCAAGAUAUUCGUGCAAUCGACCAUUUCAAUGGUAGAAUUUACUAUCUUGCUAGUGGACCUGGGGAACCAUCCCAAAGGAAUUUAUAUUCUGUACCUGCCGAUGGCAGCAAGGAACCUACUUGCAUAUCAUGCAACGUUCUAACGCCCGAAGGUAACACGUGUAAAUACGCAGACGUGUUAUUCUCGCCAUUUAGGUCGUAUUACGUGUUAAUCUGUCAAGGUCCGGAUCCAACAAUCAUCGAUAUUUUCAAUUCAAAUCACAGAAAAGUCUACUCAUGGGAAAACAAUCUGUUAUUACGACGUAAACUCACCAGAAGAGAGUUACCCAUCGUCAAGGACUUAUACGUUCGUGCAAACGGUUACGAUAGCAAAGUCAGACUAUUUUUACCACACAAUUUCGACGAGAGUAAAUCGUAUCCGAUGUUGGUCAAUGUAUAUGCUGGACCAAAUACGGCAAAAAUAAACGACGCAGCUUCGUACAGUUACCAAUCGUAUAUGGCAACAAAUCGUAGUGUGAUCUAUGCUUACAUCGAUGGUAGAGGAUCAUCGAACAAGGGUAGCAAAAUGCUUUUCGAAAUUUAUAGAAAUUUAGGUACCGUCGAAGUCGAGGAUCAAAUUACCGUAACUAGAAAACUUCAAGAAAUGUAUCCCUGGAUCGAUUCUAAAAGAACGGGUAUCUGGGGUUGGAGUUACGGUGGUUUCUCUACGGCCAUGGUAUUGGCUAAAGACACGGAUUCCGUUUUCAAGUGCGGAAUAUCCGUGGCACCAGUAUCUUCUUGGAUUUAUUACGAUUCCGUUUAUACUGAAAGAUUCAUGGGUCUUCCAACACCAGAAGAUAAUCUUAAAGGUUACAAUGGAACAGACGUAUCUAGACGAGUGGAGGGUAUUCGUGGGAAGAAAUUUAUGUUGAUACAUGGUACUGGUGACGAUAAUGUUCAUUAUCAACAGUCAUUGGCAUUGGCAAAGUCCCUUGAGGAAUCUGAUAUAUUGUUCGAACAAAUUACCUACACGGAUGAAGCACAUGCGCUGUAUGGUGUUUUACCACACCUUUAUCAUUCGAUGGAUAGAUUUUGGAGUGAAUGUUUUAGUUGGUCUAAUGCUUACUGAUGCAAAUAAUUCUUUUUCUUCGAUGAUCGAAGAAUUUAUGACAUCAGGGAAAAUAGAAUAAUCGAGAAGGAAACGUCAUAGAGGAAGAUUUGUGUUGUUUAAAAAAAAAAAAAACGAUACGUAAGAAAACAUAUCAGGGUGAAUUUCGGGAUACAUUUAUCUCGUAAAUAUUCAAUUGUAUUUUUGAUUCGAUUCAAAUCGGAUCGUAGCUAUUGAUUAAAUUUGUUAAUUGAACUUUUUUUCUCGAGCACGUGAAAGAGAAUGAAUUAUAUAUAUGUAGAGAGAGAGAGAGAUUGUUUGUUGUUGUUUUCGAUAUAUUUUAGGUCUUUGAUAAUUUUUUCAAAUUAUUUCUAAAAUAAUCUUUUUUUUUUAUUGUUUAAAUUUUCAUUUGGAGAAUAUUUUCACACAUUGUACAGAAUUAAAAAUUAAUUUCUAAUAAAUACAUAUAUAUGAAUUUU